AGAUGUGACUGACUAUAUUUAAGAAUAUGGCACCCCAUGUUCUCACUUGAGAACAGUGUUAGUGAAAUCGAUUUCAUCACUUCACAUGGUUAGAGAGAUGAACUUAGAGGGGGACAGCGGCCUGUCAGUGAGCUGUGGCAAUGGGAAACUUAGACAGUGGCUGAUCGAUCAGAUUGACAGCAGUAGCUAUCCUGGACUGGUUUGGGAGAAUGGCGAGAAAUGCAUUUUCAGGAUCCCGUGGAAACAUGCGGGCAAACAGGACUACAAUCGAGACGAGGAUGCUGCACUCUUCAAAGCUUGGGCAUUGUUCAAAGGGAAACACAGGGAAGGAGUGGACAAACCAGACCCCCCCACAUGGAAGACCAGACUGCGAUGUGCUCUUAACAAAAGUAAUGACUUUGAUGAGCUGGUGGAGAGAAGCCAACUUGAUAUAUCAGAUCCUUACAAAGUCUACAGAAUCAUACCGGAGGGAGCUAAGAGAGGGAUCAAGAUGGCAGAGACAAUGACACACAUGAGCUCCGAGAGCAGCUACCCCAUGCACUCUCUGUACCCAACUCUACACAGCCAGGUGUCUGGUGGCUACAUAGUUCCCCAGGAGAGGAAGGAGAGGAGGGAGUACAGCCACACACAGGACCACCAGCAGCAGCCUCAGCCUCAGCCUCAGCACCACCAGCCACCUCACGUUGAGCUGCAGUACAGCCAGUGCCACUACCCACCGCCACUCAGCCGACCGUGGCACACCGGGCCACACACAGAUAACGGUAAUCAGUUCACUGGCUCCUUCUAUUCAUACUCCUCCUCAGAGUCCCACCCCACAGCAUUUACUAUGGAGCACAACAUGGCCACCCUUUCUGACUUCCGACUGCACGUGUCCCUGUUCUACCGUGAGUCUUUGGUCAUGAAGGUAACCACCUCUAGUCCUGAAGGCUGCCAGAUCACCUCUUCUUCCUCCUCCUCUUCCUCUCCGUCCUCCCCCUGCCCUGAGGACAAGCUGUACAGCGGUGCAGAAGUGGUGCUGUUCCCUUCCCCUUACCCCGAGUCUCAGAGGAGGGGGUCGGAAAAGCUACCCAAUGUCCUGGAGAGGGGUGUGCUCCUGUGGAUGGUGUCAGAUGGGCUCUAUGCCAAGCGGCUCUGCCAGAGCCGAGUGUACUGGGAGGGCCCGCUAGCCCCAUACACGGACAAACCCAACAAACUGGAGAAAGAACAGACCUGCAAGCUGUUUGACACUCAGCAGUUCCUCACUGAGCUGCAGGGGUAUGCCCACCAUGGUCGUCCCAUGCCCAGGCACCAGGUGGUGCUGUGUUUCGGAGACGAGUACCCGGACCCCCAGCGCCAGACCAAGAUGAUCACAGCACAGGUGGAGCCAAUGUUUGCCAGGGACCUGUUGUACUUCACCCAGCAGAACAGCAGUCACUACCUGAGGGACUAUGAGCUCCAGGGACACACAGAGAGCUCACCUCCAGCUCCAGGAGACUACCAGAGGACCCUCCAACACAUGCAGGAGUAACACAUACAAACAUGCCUCAGGAGCCAAGGACAUGAAUGUAGAUAGACCAAUGAGUUUUACUUCACAACUACUGAAAGAUAUACAGUAUACUCAGGUCUUGGACUAAAAUGCCUUACUGUGAUUUCGACAUAAGACUGGACUGUGCCACCAUCAUCAGUGUCAACAGAUUGAGACAAAGAUUAUCAGUGUUCAAAAUGUGCUGAAAGUAUCUACCCAAGUUUGUAUAGCCUUAAAAUUAUUUUUGUAAUCAUAAUUUCUUUGUCUUUUUAUUAAAGAAUAUGAAAAACAGAA